AUGUUUGUGGAUUCCUUGAAGAAACGAAUAUACCAUAUAAUAGUAAAGAACAAUUUUAUAAGAAAAGAUGAAAAUAAAGAAAAUAAUUUAACAAAUGUUUUAAGUAAUUGUUCAGUAAUUGAAAGUUUAUUGAGAAAAGAAUUUCAGGAAUAUAGACGUUCUCCAAAGAAUAAAUUACAUGGGCUAAUUAUGAAUAUAAUAAAAAAGAGUUUAUUUGUGAACUAUGAUAAAUUUAUGAUUAAAUAUAUUAAUAAAAAGAAAAAAAAGAAGAUGAAACUUAAUAAUAAUUGUCAAGUUAAUAAUAAUAAUAAUUUUAUAUAUGAUGAUACUAAUCAUAUUAUAAGUAAUGUUAUUACAACUUGUGAUGUCAUUGAAGGAGAUAAUUGUCGUUCGAACAUAUUAAAUGAUAAUAAUGAAAUUAUUAAUUAUACCAAUAAAAAUGAAUAUAAUCAAAAUAAUAUUGAAGAUGAAAAAAUUAAUGAGCAAAACAUUCAUGGUGAUGACCCGAAUGAUGUAGUAUUAAAUGAGAAAGACCUAAAUGUUGGUAAUGAAUUUAUUAAAAACAAUAUGUUGAAAAACAAGAAGAAACUAAAAAUUAUACCAGGAAAAUUAAAAGAUGAAAAAAAUGUACAAAGUCAUUUAACAAAUAAUCAAAUUAAUGAAAAUAUGAAUCAUAUGAAAGAGGAACAUAAUAAAAGUUCAUUUAAUAAUUCAAAUAAAAUAAUUAAUUCUAUAAUAUCGAAUAAAACCUUAAAUGAUUUUAAAGGCAUACAAAAUAUUAAAAAAGAUAUACUUUAUAGUAUUAUAUAUCCAUAUAAAUUUCGACCAUCUAAUUUGAAUUGUAUUAUAAAUAUUUUUGGUACCAGUGGUACAGGUAAAACUACACUUUCAUAUGCUAUCGCAGGUGAAUGUGGAUGUCCUUUUUUUUAUAUAAAAUUACCUGAAUAUAUAAAAUAUAUAUCAAAUGAUAACAAAAAUAAUAAAUUAAGAAUUCUUUUUGAACAUAUAAAAAAUGAAUAUGAUAAAGCAAUAUUAUGUAUUGAUGAUAUAGAUAUCAUAUUUUCAUCUAAAGAUGAUUCCACAGAUAUAUAUUUAUUUACAUAUUUAUUAAAUAUUUUUCAUAAUUCAAAUAUUAUUGUACUCUUAUUAAGUAUUAAUAAACCAAAUGAUAGUAUAUUAUACUCCAAAAUUCAAAAGUUUAUUACUAUACCAAUACCUACAUAUGAUGAUCGUAUUGAAAUACUUGAACAAGCGUCCUGUGAAUAUUCUCUCUCAUUUGAUAUUCCAUAUACCGCUUCAAUUACAUAUGGUUUCAAUAGAGGGCAGAUAUUUGAUAUAAUGAAUGAAUCUUUAAAUUUGUAUAUAUAUAAUGAUUUACUCAGAAAGGAUCUGAAGAUUAAUCAUAUGAUAAAAAAUGAAGUAGACCAUAUAUCACAAACUUGUGAGAAUAUAAAUAAAAUUAAUUGUAAUGAAAAUAUCAUGGUGAAUCAAAAAAGUCAUCACAUAAGUAAUAAGAUAAAUAAUGACAAUAAUGAUAAUAAUAAUAAUAAUAAUAAUAAUAAUAAUAAUAAUAAUAAUAAUACUAAUGGUAAUAAUAACAACAAUAAUAAUAACAACAACAACAACAACAAUAAUAAUAAUCAUAAUAAUAAUAAUAAUAAUAAUAAUGCAUCUGUUUGUGGAUACACCAACACAUAUAAUGAUUUUUUUCAAAAUGGAAAUGUAACAAAUUAUGAAGAAAUAACAGAAAAUGAUCAAUUAACAUCACACGAACAAAAUAUAUUAAUUACUUCUAUUAAAACAAAUGAUGAAAAUCAAAUCGCGUCCACCCAAACUCCCCAGGAGUUAUCGAAUGAUUCACCCUGUUUAAAUAACCAGAACAAUCAUAAUUUAAAAGAAAUAAAUCAUAAAAGAAAAUAUAAUAUGUUUUUAUACUCAUUAAACCAAGAGAAGGUUAUUGAAGGAAAAGCAGAAAAAAAAAUUCAAAAAACUAUAGAAAUUAACAAUGAUAUAAUAUUUGAAAGUGUAAAUAAUAUAAAGAAAAAGAUGACAAAUGAAAAUAUAUGUGAAGUUCCAAAUAUUAAUUUGGAUAAUAUUGGAUCUUUAAAAAAAAUAAAGAAAAUAUUAGAAAGCAAAUUUAUAUUACCUGUAAAAUAUAGUAAUAUAUAUAAACAUUUAGGUAUAAAUAAAAGUAUGGGAAUAUUAUUAUAUGGUCCUCCUGGAUGUGGAAAAACAAUGCUUGCUAAAGCUAUUAGUAAUGAAAUGAAAGCAAACUUUAUAGCUAUAAAAGGUCCAGAAAUAUUAAAUAAAUAUGUUGGUGAAAGUGAGAAAAAAGUACGUGAAAUCUUUUCAUAUGCAUCUGUAUAUAAACCAUGUUUAAUAUUCUUUGAUGAAAUUGAUAGUAUAUGUAUUAAUCGAUCAAAUAAUAAAUCUGUAUCUGCAUCUGAUAGAGUAGUAAAUCAAUUAUUAUCAGAAAUGGAUGGCUUAUCACAAAGAGAAGGUGUUUAUAUUAUAGCAACAACAAAUAGACCUGAUAUUAUUGAUAAAGCAUUAUUAAGAAGUGGAAGAUUUGAUCAACUUAUUUAUAUUUCAUUACCUAAAUAUCAAGGAAGAGUUGAUAUUUUAAAAAAGCUUUCUAAAAAUAUGCCCAUAGAUAAAAAUGUUCGUUUUGAAGAAAUAUCAAAGUUGACCAGAGGAUAUAGUGGUGCUGAUUUAUAUGGAGUAUUAAGAGAAAGUGCUUUUAUAGCUUUACAAGAAUGUCGGGAUAAAAUAGAUAUUCAAAAUAAGAGCAAUCCAAAAAAUAAUAAUAUAUAUAAUAAUACGGAUCAACAAAUGAAUAAGGAUACAAAUGUAAUAAAUAUUAUGAAUCAGCACUUGAGUAUUCAAGAAAAUAAUUCUAUAAAACAACAUUCCACUAUUCUUUACACCACUAAUAUAAAUAACAAUAAUGGGGAUUAUAUAUAUAGUAUUCAUAAUUUUGACCAUAUUAAAUCUAAUUCAUAUAUAACAAAUAAGACAUUAUCUCAAGAUAUGAAUAAUUCAAUUAAUGAUAAAACAAAACCAUAUAUCCUAGAUGACUGUGUUGAUAACAACGGAGUAUUUUCCAAAGGGAAAAAUAAUAUAAAUCAAAUGGAUCAAAUAAAUCUUGAUGAAAUUGUAAAAAUAAGUGAAAAUUUUACAAACGAAUAUAAGAGUAAUAAUAUAAAUGCUUAUAAGCUUUCAAAUAAUAAUAUUAUGGAUAUUCAAAGGUUGCAUAUCAACAUUAAUCAUAAUAAUUCAAACAAUUUAAAUUAUAAUAAAAUGAAUGACGAAAUUUCCAGUAGUGAUAACAAAAAUAAAGAUAUAUCAUUUAAUGACUAUCAAAAUAUGUUUAGCACAAAUAAUUUUGGUAAGAACAAAAAUAUGAUAGAAUUAGAAUAUAAUAAUAAUAUGGAAGAACAACAAAAGGACUAUAAUAACUACUCACAAAAUUGUAUCUUGUCAACAAAUAAUAAUCAAUUAAAUGAAAAAGAUAGAAAUCAUUUAAUUUAUGAAUAUAUUCAAAAAAAUAAGAAUAUAUUAACUAUAACCCAAAAACAUAUCAUUCAAGCAAUUAAAAUUAUACCAAGAAGUGUAACAAAAGAACAAAUAAAAUAUUAUAAGGAAAUAUGUAAAAAGUUUAAAUGA